GAAGGAGCGGCCGCCUGAACAAAUGAACUCUAAAUGAGCUGAAACUUUCCAGAUCCAUUCUAGACAUCCUAAGGAUCAUUUCUUAUGAAGAGUGCCAGAGCUAGUUUUGAGUGGAAGGCCUUCAAACAGUCAGCCCAAUUUCCUGCAGAAGCAAAACUGGAAAACUGGACCCGUAAGGAGUCCAGCAGAGAUUCUGGCCCAAAGGCAUGGAAAUAAAUUCUGAAAUUUUACCAAAAUGAUCUACACUCAUGGUAGAUCAUUUCAUAUGAAGAAGUCACGAGCCAAAUCUGAAGUCCUGUUGGAGAAAUAAUUGAAGGAAUAAAGGGGCAGAAACUGAUCUAAAAACAGCUCAACACCACAUGUUCAAGUUUCCUACCCACAUGAAGAAAGCUAGAUGCUUUUCUCUUUUUCCUUGGAUAUAUUUUUCUGCUCCAAUAGAUCAUCAUCACUUCCAUACUUCUGCACCUUCAUGCCUUGCUUUCAUUUCAUCAUUACUCCAUCUUUUCCAUAUUUUACAAACCACUUUCAUUAUUUUUCUUCCAUUUAUCAUUUCACUCUUCUUUUUCUUCCCUAUAUAAACACCUUCUCCUCUCACUCUAACCACAUUCCUUCAUCCAUUCCAUCUUCUUUGUCUCUCCAUUUCCUUUCCAUUUUCCUUUCCAACAUCCUCUAGGGCAAGCCACGAAGUUCAAGCAAGGCCAAGGAAGAGAAGAACCAAGCCGUGAGCAUCAUCAUCCAUCCUCCACCUUUGAAGCUUGCUUUCGAGUCUCAAAGGAUUCAACGUUAUUCACCCAUCUUCAUCUUCCAUCCACGGUGUGUACCCUCAAUCCCCGGAAUAGAACGAUCCCUACUUGCUUAUACUACUAAUGAUAUUUAUAGGGUUAAAUUAUGCGCUUGCUUUGAGCGUAUCACGAUGGUGAUCCGAAUCGAGGAAUCGAAGAAAAGAGAUGGAAGCUGGGGCAACUGCCAAACCUCGCCACCCCCUGAAUCCGCCCCUGGCGGCGAAAACACUCGACGGCAAGGCCCAGCGGCGAUUCGGACUCCGAUCGACAAGGCCCAUCUCCGAUUCCGAUCGACAAGGACCUGCUCCGAUUCCGAUUCUGAUUCCGAUCGACAAGGCCCAGCCCCGAUUCCGAACCCAACGCCUCCAAUUCCGGUCAGCUUCACGACGGAGGCUCUGAGGUGGUGAGAAAUCGGCGGCGUCGUGGUUCAAGUUUCACGGUUGAACUAUAUAUUGGAAAUCCGAUUGGGUGCCCGGAGCUUUUCUCUGGGUGCCCAUAUCAAUUUCUAGGUUCUUUAAAAAAAAAAAAAAAAAAAAAAAGUUAAAUAAUCUGAUUGCUCCACGUACGCAUAAACCCCUACAAAGUCGGGCCAGCAGAAACAACAACCAACUUCCAUUAAUGGAGGGUGGCUAUGAGCGUUAUAUGCUUCUUCCGGGCCAAAGGUUUUGCCCCAUGGAAGAUGAACUACUCAUGUAUUACCUUAAACCCAAGGUGAAUGGAGAGGAGGUACCCGGAAAAGAAGCCCUUAUUUGCGAGUUGGAUCUUUAUGGUGAGCAAGAACCUUGGAAUAUAUGGGAAAGAUAUGAAGCAAGAAGGGCAAACGACUUGAGAAGGAACAAAGAUCUCUACUUCUUUACCAAAAAGAAGAAGGUGAGUGCAAAAGCCUCGCGUAUAAGCAGAAAAGUUGGGAGUGGUACAUGGAAAGGCCAGGACGCAGCCAAGGAGAUAUAUCUUCUUGAUCAGAAUCAGCAGCCAACAACUACUCUUCUUGGUUUCAAGAAAACCUACACCUACAAGAAUACGAGCUCUGUGCAUCAUGGUCGCUGGAUCAUGUACGAGUUCGAACUUGAUGAGUCGCAACUCCUGCACAAGCAGGAACAAGUAAAUAAGAAUGCAUACUCUCUUUGUUUACUCAGGAAGAACGAUAUACCACCGGAAAAGAAGAAGAGAAAAUUAAGGCAAGAAGAAGAGAAUCAUGAGAUGCUCCAAGCGAAGAAAAAUGUGCCAGCACCAUCAUUAUUGGAUUUCCCUCAGCUAGAAAAAUGGUAUGAUCAACAACAAUUCUUGCUGCCAGCUGAACCUCAACCAAGCGAAGAAAAUUUGGGGCAACAAUGUCAGAUACCAACAUUAUUUUCAGCUAAUGAAAUAAUGAGUGACCAAGAUAAAAAUCAGUUGCAGCAAAUGCCAGCUGAAGAGGGUAUCUUGACACCAGGGGAAGUCGAUCUGUAUGGAGGCAACUUGAGUGAUGUUAUGGUUGGUGCAAACUGGCCCGACUCUUUUAUAGGGGAGCUAGUGAAGGAUGACCAGCCAUAUACCAUGGAAGAGGGUGAAUGGAAUGAUUUUCUUGUUCAGAUUUUGAGCACUUAGCAUUUUAGUUCAUAUUUUUUUCUCUUUUGCGGUCGAUCUCUACCAGAAUUAAUAUAUGUAAUUGUUGACGGGAUUUAGGCUUUAUGCCCCCCUUGUUGUAUCUUCUUCUUCAACUAAUAAUAUGAGUUUGAGGGCCUCACCG